AUGGAAUAUGAAAUAAAAAUUGCCUCUUUUUUCGGUGUGGCACACCCACCACCCACGCCCUCGCCACUACCCGCCCACUGCCGUGGGUGCCCUUACUUCCUUCCCACGCCCACAAACAUCACCACAGCUGUGGGUGCUGCUGCCAACCUCACCUGUGGUGUCAGGAUGCUGGGAGACAGACAGGUGUCAUGGAUACGCAGGCACGACCUCCACGUACUGACCACGGACUCCUUCACGUACACGACGGACUCACGCUUCCGUGCCGUACACGUUAAGACAUCACCAUACUGGGUACUGAGUGUCAGCAGCCCCACUGUCAGCGACUCUGGCAUCUACGAGUGUCAGGUGUCAGCACAACCCAAGAUCUACAAGAGAUUUAACCUCCAGGUUGUGGUGCCCAAGGCGACCAUCUAUGGAUCAAGAGCAGUCUUCAUGAAGGCUGGCAGUGACCUUAACAUCACCUGUGUCAUCACUGGCGUCUCAUCACAGGCAGCCCCAGUCACCUGGUAUCACGUCAACCCUACGUCAGAUAAUGUUGUUGAUGUUUUACCUAAGACAAUGUUUGCUGAUGUUACUAAGAUAAUGUUUGCUGAUGUUAAUAAGAUAAUGUUUGCUGAUGUUACUAAGAUAAUGUUUGCUGAUGUUAAUAAGCGAAUGUCUGAACAUGUUAAUAAGAUAAUGCUAGCAGAUGUCGCAUAUAAAAUGUUUACAAAUGUUUAA